CAGCGAACCUGAAGAAACAUCACCAGGAGAAAGAAGAGGAGAAAUUGAAAGAAAGUUUGUACAGAAAGAGAUCUCUGAUCAGACGACAUACUAGAAAGAACUGGGCGUGUUAUACGAUGUUACUUUGUGAUCUGUAUGGCAUACUGAGACGCCGCGAUACGAUUUGCGGUGAGUGACUCUGGAGUAUUAAAGUUCUAGAGCGUUUCUGAGUAGUGUGGUGAACUAUUUAUUCGCGACUAGUUAUUCUAUUUAUUCGCCACCAAAUACAAGACUACCGCGUAAAAACGCACAAGUUGUAACAAACCUGCAGCGGACUUGUAGCAAUGCUGUUCCAACAACUUGUCAACAGGAUGUAUUCGCACUGCUUGUUCCAAGCUUGUUGACAAGUUAGUUGCCAACGGCUUGUCGACAACUUGCUACAAGGAUGCUGAUCUCAACAGACUUGUUACAAGUUGUUCCAUCAACUUGUUAUCGUCCUGCCAUUCAACAAUUUGUCAACAAGUUGUGAGUGACAACCUUGUAGCAACUUGAUAAAAUAACAACAUUGUUACAACUUGUUGACGAGCUUGCUACAAGCCUGUUGCGAACACAUCUUGUUGACAAGUUGUGAGACUUUUUCAUGUGUACCCCAUACAAUGAAGAGAAGUGAUAUUAUUUUCUCACUCUGUGAAACGACUGAAGGUGAAACGCAGCUAUGUGCUUGAAAGAUUCUAGACCUUACUCUAGUUUGUAUAUCUUUUUCAGAUGAUGACGAGGAGGACAUCGAACAAGAAGUUCUGACCCAAUCCAUUUGCAGGAUCAGUUCACAAAUGGCGAAACUGAGUAAUAUUAUAGUCGACACUGUCGAUGAUGACGAUGUCUCCGGGAAGUUUAGUUCAUUCCCUAUUGAUAUGGCCGAACGUGCCCGACAUAGCGACGACAGUGUAGCGGACGAUAGCGAAGGUGUGGCGAACGUUCACGAGCACACGGCAAAUACUACUGAGGAUGUGGCGAGUAUUCCGACAGAUCCCGAAGUUUCUCCGACAGAUCCCGAAGUUACUCCGACAGAUCCCAAAGUUACUCCGACAGUUCCCGAGAAUUCGGCGACAGAUCUCGAAGUUGAACCGUCAUGUUCCAAAGUUAACCCGACCGAUCCCGAAAUGGGAACAACAAGUGCCGCUUGCGAAAACGUUCCGCCCAGUCCCGACGGCAGCACGACGUUUAUCGAAGAUGCACCGGCUGAAUGCGAGUUAGGCACGAGCACCCGACGAAUGAAAAGCAAAACUAGCAAAAUCAGAAGCUUUUUUAAACGAAAAACGAAAAAAGAUGAGCGAAAAAAUCGUUAUAAGGAAAGCUCUGUUUGAUAUUUUUAUUUAUUGUUCAUAUUUUUUGUAUUAAAACUUUGUAGUCGAGAAUUUGGCGUUAUAUAUUAUAACAUUCCUACUUUAUGAAGUUUUAUUUUCCAAUGCGAGAAUGGUAUUUCAUCACAGGUAAUUAUUAAAUUUAAUAUAUUUCAUUUCUAUUUACAUGAUUAGAUAAUAAAUUGUCCACUAACAGAUUGUACAAUUGCAGGACUGACAGAAAACAACAGCACAGUCUUAAAACACCGAACACGUUUUAUAGUAGAGUAAGUAGAAAUUUCUAUAUGUGUUUUUUGCGGUAGAUUCGAUGUGUCAUCUCGCUUGAGAAAGCUUCUACCACAAAAGGUCUGUAAUAGACAAUUCCCAGUAUAGACAAUUCCCAGUAUAGACUAAUUUUAAAACUAGGCAAGGAGAUGCAAGUAAAUCACCACAGCUAGAAAGAGCAUACUAAAAUGAGUAAAAUUGCCAAGUUUGGUUGCGAAAUGUUGUAAAAUACGGAAAAUUUAGCCUUGCAAAGUUUGCAAAUUUUGUAUACUUGUGUAUUGCGUGCGGAAAUUGCUACGAUUUUCGGCCCAAAUGUGGUAGCAAUUUCCGCACGCAAUACAAAAGUAUACAAAAUUUGCGAACUUUGCAAGGCUAUAUUUUCCGCAUUUUACAACAUUUCGCAACCAAACUUUGCAAUUUUACUCAUUUUAACAUGCUCUUUCUAGCUGUGGUGAUGGAUUUUGUUCUUCUUGCCUAGAUCAAAAUUUAGUCAAAAGCUGGAAUUGCCCAUUCUAUUUGUUCGCCUCUAAAACAAGACUAUCACAUAUAAUGAAAAGAAUGAACAUUAUUUUCUAACUGCAGGUUGAUCACCAUCUGCCGCACGAUAGUGCUUUGCGAAACUCGACUAUUUUAAAUCAGUUCAUAUGUUAUAUUUAUAUAUCUCCAUCAUUUACAGAGAAAAGUUGCCCCGUGACGGGACAAAGAGUUUUGUGUCUUGCACAAUGGACGUGAGUGAUAAUGUUAUUUGGAUAUCUUGCUAUGUUGCUGUCGUUGAACGGUCUCCGACAAACUCGACAAUAACUGAAACACAAAACAGUAAGUUGAAAUGAUUGGUAUGGAUAGAUUAUUGUGCCAUCUUUGACCUCUGUGAGCGAGGUUUGAUUCCUGCAAUACGCAGUUGUCUCAUUAUAAAUCUCAGUUGCAUAUGACUCUACCAAACACCGCAGGAUUUUUUCUAGGCACUACAGUUUCCUCCUGUGUGUGAAGGCUGGCUGAAUAAUGAGCGUUCCAGGAGAACUGAUCUAGGAAGUUUAAUACUCACGUUUCUUCAGUUAUUGUGACUGGUUUAGUUGUGUAGGAUAUGUAGCCUUUCUUCAUCUAUAUAGUGGGAAAUAUGUGAUAUUAAAUUUAUAUAAAGUAAAUCAUGACCACCAUCAUCAUCAUCAUCACCAUCAUCACCAUCAUCAUCAUCAUCAUCUCCAUCAUCACCAUCAUCAUCAUCAUCACCAUCUCCAUCAUCACCAUCAUCAUCACCAUCAUCAUCACCAUCUCCAUCAUCAUCAUCAUCAUCAUCAUCACCAUCACCAUCACCAUCAUCACCAUCUCCAUCAUUAUCAUCAUCAUCAUCAUCAUCAUCAUCGCCAUCAUCAUCAUCAUCACCAUCAUCGUCAUCAUCACCAUCAUCAUGAUCAUCAUCAUCAUCACCACCAUCACCGUCAUCAUCGUCAUCACCAUCACCAUCACCAUCAUCAUCGUCAUCAUCAUCAUCACCAUCACCAUCAUCGUCAUCGUCACCAUCAUCAUGAUCAUCAUCACCACCACCAUCACCGUCAUCAUCAUCAUCAUCACCAUCAUCAUCAUCAUCAUCAUCACUACCAGCACAAACAUAACCACGUACCUUUAUAUUUUCAGAUCUCAUCAAAUUCUUCCUGAGUUUGGUAUUACGACUGGUGUGCAAGCUGUCUCGGGACAAGCCGAUCAGGAAAGGUGAGAUUAACCUUACUGACCAUUCUUCUGGAAUUAUUUCCAUAACC